CUUACACUUCCAUGACCGAAGACCGGUCCAACCUACAAAACUCGCUUUUCUCAGUCAAACCUCUCUCUUUUCCCCUUUUCUCUUCAUUCAAACCUUUCAAAUCCUCCCCUUAAAUGCAAAUCCCCUCCACUUCUCAUUCUUCAGGUUUAAAAUAUCCUUCUCUUCCUCUAUCUCUCUCUCAUCACUCUCCUUCUUCUACUUGUCUGAAAAUACAAAUACCCACUUCGAAAUAGUCUUAGCUUCUGAUUUUGAGUUGUUUCCGCGAAUCUAGUCCGCCUGUCUAUUGAAUCUAUAGGCUCUUAGACUAGUUUCAGUGUUCUGAUUUCUCUGCAUCAGACAGUCAAGACCGAUUCCGCUUUCGGCUAGUUCACAAAGUUUAGAGUCGGAUUUGGAUUUUGGAGUUUUCUUAGAAUCCUCUGUUUUACUUCAUCAUUAUCUACUCCGCUUGCUUUCUUCCUCAUAGAGUGACUGCUAAUUGCCAAUUUGGCUUAGUUCAAUGUCUUGAAACAUCUGGAGCGACUCUUCUCCUUCUCCUUCAUCUUAUCAUUUAGUUCCAUUUCAUAGUCAUGAACUAGCAUCUUCUCCAGCUCAAUCUCCCAUUCCGACUUCUCGUCCAACUCGGCGAUUCUUCCAACCCAUCUUUCUCUUUUUCUGUAUUCACUUUUUCCAUUCACAAGGUUUAAUAGAUGGAGAACGCCGGAGAAUGGGAGAAGAGCCUGGUGAUCAAUGAGCUAGUGCAAGGGCAGGAGUUUGUGAAGCAGCUGCAGAUGCAUCUUGACCCCUCUUCUCCAGCUGAAUUGCGCGAACUGCUAUUGGGGAGGAUCUUGUCUUCCAUUACUAAAGCUCUUUCGAUGCUCAAAUCAAAUGAUUCGGAGGGGGAUCCGCAGUUGACAGGUCCCACCACCAACACAGAUUCCCCGCAUUCCAUCAGUGGGAGCCCACGGAGUGAGAAUUCUGACCGGGACUGUAAGGAUCAGGAACGCCGUGAUAUCUCCAAGAAAAGAAAGAUGCUGCCGAAAUGGACAGAGCAAGUGCGCAUUUGCAGUGGUGCCGGGCUCGAAGGGCCUCUUGAUGAUGGCUAUAGUUGGAGAAAAUAUGGGCAGAAAGACAUCCUUGGUGCUAAUUUUCCAAGAAGCUAUUAUCGGUGUACACACCGUAACGUUCAAGGGUGCUUGGCCACGAAGCAAGUACAGAGAUCUGAUGAAGAUCCCGCGAUCUUCGAAGUCACAUACCGAGGAACACAUACAUGCAUCCAAGCAGCUCAUCUGAUGCACGCAUCAUCAAGAAAACAAGAGCAACAAGAGCAUAGACAACAUCAGCAGCAGCCACAACAAGUACUCCUCAACUUCCGGUCUGGUCUCAAAGUAAAAACCGAAGACAUGGAGAGCCAAAAACUCAACCCUUCAUCCUUCUCCUUUCCUUCGACGACAUCGAUCACCAACAACAACUACAGUGACAACACUGUGAAGCCUGAAAACAACAUAUUUUCUCCGGCAGCCCUUGAGAGUCAUUUCAUGGGCAGUUUCAGCCCCACGUUUAUAUCGCCAGCAACAUCAGAAUCCAACUUCUUCUCAGUGUCGCCGUGCCGGAUGAGCAGCUAUGGUGGGGGGCCGAAUCUGCAGACCUCGGAAUCGGAUUUGACUGAAAUAAUCUCCGCCGCUACAUCGGCUUCGAAUUCUUCGCUGGUGGACUUGGAUUUCAGGACCCUCGACGACCCGGAUUUCCCAUUCGAUGCAUCCAACUUCUUCUCUUGAAUAGAUACGGAUUAGACUGUCCUGCCCUUUGUUAAUCCGGGCCUGCUAAAAGGGGAGGAUGAAUGUUGAAU